UGCACAAUAAAACAUAAAUGGUACAUGUACCUGAAAUAGAGUUAGAUGUGUCAAGCCUGCUGCGGAAGCACCCGUUCAACCAGUUCCUGUUUAGCACGGUUCCCAAACCGUUCCACAUCGUGAACCCCAAGCAGGUCGUGCGACAGAGCCUGGAACCAGUGGACACGCGUGAACGACAGCUUCCUCACCAUGGAAUCUAUGAGCAUGCAGAGCAAGUGACAUUUCAGAUAGUUAUUGACAAAAAGAAGCACAAGUUAAAAUUACAGAGAAAUGAUAAGCUGUUUUCUGCGGGUAUCCAGGUGAAGUACUUUCAAGAUGAGAAGUCGCAGAGGGAGAUCGUAACCAAGACGGUGGAGCACUGCUACUACCAGGGCACUGUGAGGAGGGAUGAGUGGUCGGCAGUGGCCGUGUCCACAUGUCAGGGAAUACGGGGUGUCAUACAGAUGAACAAUGAGACCUACCUGAUUCAUCCGAUGGAAGGAGGGGUUGCAGGGGAGGAAUGGCCGCACAUGAUAUACAAGGGAAGUAACUCAGAGGUGGAAAGUUGUGGAAACAGUCAGGGCAAGUGGCUUCCCUUUCAUGAGCUGCACAAAAAUGACUACAUCAGCAAAUUGAAAUACCUCAACCACAAGCGGAAGCAGAAUCCGGAGAGUGACUCGCCCCUGGUGACCAACAAAUUCCUGAAGCUGGCGCUGGUGCUGGACAACUCAAUGUACUGGAGCCUGAACCUCACAGUGCAGGACAUGCUGCAGUAUGCAGCGCUCACUGCAAACAUUGUGGACAUGUACUAUGAAGAGUUGAACGUGGAUGUAGCACUGUCCUAUGUGGAGUUCUGGAACACGAGGAACCGUAUCCCUGUCACAGAGAGGCUUAGAGAGACCCUAGAGAACUUCAUGAAGUUCCAGGACAUCCACCUACGUGACGCGGAGUAUCACACUGCACAUCUCCUCACUCGUCGUCGGUUUGAGAGUACAUCAGUAGGAAUGGCGGUGCCUGACUCUGUGUGUACUUCCAGGGCAGGAGGCAUUAACUGGAACCCCAGCUACCUGCAGAUUCAGCAGGGCGCCACCAUCCUGUCCCACAUGAUUGGACAUAACCUGGGCAUCAAGCAUGAUGAAGAUGCGAAAUGGAGAAAUUUGUAUCAUGAAGGGGGCUGUGAUUGCAAGGAUGAGUUUGGCUGCAUCAUGUCCACUGAAGUUCUAGGUACCCCAGAUCUUCACUCGCGGAUGUUUUCCCGCUGUAGCUACAAGGACUGGGACAUCUCCCUCAACAUGGGCAUAGCUAACUGUCUCACCUUGGACCCUCAGCCCAAGUUCCAGCAGACGUGUGGCAACAAAUAUGUAGAGAGAGGGGAGGAGUGUGACUGUGGAUCACCAGAGGAGUGUGCCCUCUCUGACCCCUGCUGUGACCCGGGCACCUGUCUGCUGAAAUACUGGGCCCAGUGUCGUACAGGGGCAUGCUGCCAUAACUGCUCAUACCUGGCCACAGACUAUGUGUGUCGUGAGAGGUCCACAGACUGUGAUGUGCCUGAGUUCUGUACGGGGCGGGACGGAGAGUGCCCUGCCAACAACUAUGCAAAGGACGGUCACACGUGUAAUAACAACACAGGCUACUGCAUGGGGGGAGUGUGUCCCACACUAGACAAGCAGUGUCAGCACAUCUGGGGCUCAGACGCACUGAAGGCAGAUGGCCAGUGCUAUGAGAGGUUCAACCCUACUGGGAACUUUAACGGCCAUUGUGGCAAGGAGAACAGCACCGGCUCUUAUGCCAAGUGUCUGCCUGAGGACAUCCAGUGCGGCCUGUUACACUGCUCUGGUGGACUCAAGCAGCCGCUGUAUGGGCCGGAUAAGGACUCUUCCAAGACCACUUUCUCAUCUAAUGGACAUGAAUAUGAAUGCAAAACGGUGCAUGGACCGUCGACCCUGGACCUCCCCAACCUGGGUAUCGUGCUGGAUGGCACCAGGUGUGGCGAGGAGCGUGUGUGCAUGAACAGGAAGUGUGUGGCCCUUACCAACCUGCAGCCCCUGCAGUGUCCAGGAAUGUCACAGGGGGCCACCUGCUUGGGGCGUGGGGUGUGCACAAAGGAUGACACGUGUUUCUGUGACCCCAUUUGGGCAGGGCCUGACUGUAGUGUGCGGCUGAAGGCCCCCCGCCCUGCCCUGUCCCUCCACUCCUUGCACACUACUACCGUUGUCACGACAACCAGUGCAGAGAAAGUCAGGGUCAUGCCUCUUAAUGUGACCUUCACCUCACCUCCCCAUGCAGUCACUACUGACAUGUCAUCAUCUGCAGUUGUGCAAGCAAAAGAAAACAGCUGGAUGGACACAAAGUGGAUGAUGAUCAUCCUGGCAGGUGUGGUUGGAGGGCUGGCAUUGUUGCUUGGAGUCUCUUUCCUCUGCUAUAGACGACGUAGCCCAAAGACUUCAAAAAAGAAGAAGAAGUUCAUCCAUCACUGUGAGGAAGGGGAGGUAGAGUCAGCCAACAAACUCAUCAAGUUUGGUUCCCUGCCCUCAUACAGAGAUGAGAAAACAAAAAGAAAGAAAGGCAAGAAAGGUAAGAAAGGAAAUAAGUCAGCAGAGGACAGUGAUGUGGAAUUACCUCACCCGCCCGUCAUUAUAUCAGACCCAAACAGUGCAAAACCGGAAAAGGGAAUCCUCAAAGGUGCCUUCAGUGCUAUGAAGUAUGAGAACGACCGACGCAGCAGUGAGUCCAACACGGCCACCUCGUCUGGCAACGGAGAGGGAGACAGCGUGGGUCCGUACGACGAGAUUGACGAGGAGGACACUGAGGCGGGAGAGAUCCAGGACAUCUUUGGAACGUUUGACCAGCAGGGGAAGUCACUCGAUAACAUGAUUGAGUCUUCCAGCUUUGAUUUUAUGUUGCCACCGCCAUUCAGCAAUCUGGGUCUGCAGAAUCGGUCUCCUUCGCCACCUCGCAAGUUCACCGGCUAUGAUCGUCCUCUCUCAAACCUCACUCAGAGACCAAAUAUGUGGAUGCAGAAUAUCACCUCGCCGCCAAAGUCCCGUGUGUUGCGGAUGCGGAAUCUGGAUCAGCUGUUACAAACCAUCGAUCGCAAUACUAUAGACUUAUCUCCGUCGCCCGAUGACCCACCGGUUGUGAUUUCGCCGUCGACUUCGGAAGAUGUGAGGUCCAGUUCCACGGAUGACAGGCACUACCCUACGAGUAGUCAGGACCCACAAAGCCCAAACUCCAUCACGAGUGGCAGCACAUGCACGGCUCUACGGCCACUGCUGGGCAGUCAGUGGAGCAAGUAUGUGCUGCACAAGAAUAAUAGCAAUGUUGGGAAUUUUUGUUUGGACGACAUCGAGUCCCCAUUACCUCAUAUUAACAUACCCCCACCUAUGAAUCCGAUUAAUAUAAGAAGCAUUUUCAACUAUGGACAAAAACUUAGUGGCAGGGAUAACAGUGAUACCCCUCUAGGAAGCCAAAACGGUGAGUGUAGCUCAAACAAUGGGACAAACAAUUCUCGCAGUGGUUACGAGAAAAGUUCUGGGUAUGGAAGUGAACAUGACCCGGAAAGGUUUAGCAUCGAGGAUGUUUCUCGGAACCAUUCACGGUCUGGUUCUGCGUCUCCACCUUCAUUCAGCGCAGUGAUAAGGACUGGUCCCAACCAGAUCAAAUUGGUUCCAGCUGGUAAAUAUGGUGGAGCAAGCUAUAAUCCCAUGGAUAAUGACUUGCAGAAACUUCUGGAUGGAGUUCCUAGAAUCGAUGCGGGGUGCUAUGAACGAAGCCCAAUCCUACUGACUAAUGAGGGAUCAAGGGCAGGCACGUGUAGUAACGUCACGUCAGGAACGAGCACUCUGGAGACUUUGAAAAACUCCUCCCACGACUGCCAGUCCUCGAGUAUGAACUCAGAAACAAACACUCUUGUCAACUCUGAGUUGGACAUUUCUAAUGACAUCUGUGACGAGUCUGUCGACACGCUUGAUCAGCAGCUGCGUGAAGCGAGCGAGGGUCGUUUCAUAAAUGACGGGGACGAGUCAUUCACAAGUGAACAUUCAAAGCACCCGCUACCUGAAUUACCAAAUGGUAUUUUGCCAAAUCCCAAGCCUUUGGGUGAAAUAGACCGAGAUCAAACAGAAAGUGGUCAGUGUAUUGACAGAAGCUUGGAAGAGAUAUCUCCUUUGGACAAUCACAAGAAUAGAAAUCAUAGGAAAAACUUGCGGCAUUCAAGCAAGGGCAAUCGGCCUCUGAGUCAGAGUUACAGUUCAAAAGACACAAACUGUGAUGAGGUUGCCACUGAAAGGGAUUCCUUGUUAGUGAAUAGGUUUAGUGCAAUAGAACCCCAUACUGUGGACAUCUGUGACUGCUAGUUACAAAGAUAGCAAAUGGUGUUCUAGUAUUUAUAGAAAUAUUUUUGCAUUGUGAAUAUCAUGUAUUUUGUUAUAAUGUAAGCCUCACUGCCUCUGGCCUAGUCAAAAGACAUUAUUCAUGGCCAUCUAUAUAGUCUGUUUAUACAGUUGAUCUUCAUGUUGAAAUGUCACCAAUAUUGUUUAAUCCCAUUUCACCUCAUUUUAAAAAAGACUUCAAAGUUGAAAUUAGUUGUGGUUAAACAAGGUUUGUAUGGGUAAUUAAUGAGUUAAUUGAUGAGAUUCUCGCAUAAUUAAAUGAAACCCAUCUUUUCAUAUCAUGCUCAUACUAUGAUAGAACAUGUAUAUUUAUUAGCGCAUCUUACAUCAUGGGCUAAUUUUAAAACUAUUGUAUUCGUUAAACAUUUUUUGGACAAAAACUAUAGUUUUAAACUGAACCCUUUAUUUAUUUGCGUUUUUUUCUUGCCAGGAUAUGGUCUCAAAUAUAAUAAAUGUGCAAAUUUUCCCUUUUUACAUGAAUCUCAAGUGUUUCUUUGAAACAAAUCUGAAUUCUGAAAUAGUUUUGCAUAUGGUUCAUCAAUAGAAGUUUUUAUACAGUGCAUUUGAAUUAUCAUGCUUGGGAAAU